AGCCGCUCCCAGCUCAAUAUACAGAUGCUCACCUGCAGAUCCAAGAUGAAGCUGAUUCUGACUAUCUCCAUUACCUGGGCUCUUCUCCUCACAGUGGAAUCGUUGCAGUGUUUUGAAUGUGAUCCACCGUGCACAAGUGAAGUAUUAACCACCUGCCCAUCAAGCUCAGACUCAGUAUGUCUGACACAUACCCUGUUCGUUGAUAAAACAAUUACAAAGGGAAAGUACUGCACACAAUCGGUGGAGUGCAGAACACGUCUGAACGUUCAGCUGGAUUAUUCACUGAACUUCGGUGUCGAUCCGAUGUCUGAAUCUGUGCUCUGCUGUGACUCAGAUGGCUGCAACAAACAGACUCUACCUGUCCCCAGUCAAGAUCCAAACGGCCUACAGUGUGAUUCCUGCAGUAGCUACUCAGACACUGUGUGUAACACCCCGGCAAACUGUGUCGGACUGGAGGAUACAUGUGCUGUGGUCAAUGUAAGCACGGGUGUCGUCAAGGGCUGUAUAUCCUCAAAUCUGUGCAGUGCGUCUCUGAUGGCCACUUUUGUGGCUUCUGCAACUGAAGAUGGGAUUUCUUGCGGUAGUGUGAAGAAUAUCGCAGGCAACACUACCAAUGUGCUGAAUAUCAUAUUCCCUACUGCUGGUUCUGUGACUACCACCCACCUCUUUACUAAACACCCAACCACUCCCCAAGCCCAAACUACUGAUUCGAAAAAUACAGCCCCUUCUACUGGUCCACUGAGUGUGGUCCUCAUGCCAGUGUGGCUUACUAUGAUGGUCAAACUUACCUACUAAUAGUUUUUUAGGACCUAUUUUUAACUAAGACCUAUUUUUCAAUACUCAGGCCACAUAUUCAGAACUCUUCAUACAAUUCUCCUAAGCAACUUUCAGCUUGUCACAGCAGUUGUUUUCCCAUUCAAAAUGCGCUAAAACUGCCAUUACACUUUAUACAUGUAUAUAUCAUAUAUAUCACAAUAUAAACUCAUUCUUCAAUAAUACUAGAAAAGGUUAUCAACCAACAAGCACACUUUGUUUAUAGGUCAAUACUUUAUGAGUGACAAUGACAACAGGUAGCAUUACGCAAUGUUAUCUUUUGUAAAACGUCUUUACAAAACAAGAAUGACACCACUCUACUGUUUAGAAUUCCCUGCCGUAUACCUUAAAGGAGUGAAUCAGACAUGAUUCAAUAUGUCAAUGGGUAUCUUUUCCUAAUUUUUUCACACUGAGUGAUUCAAAAAUACAAUGCAGUCAUUUGUACACCCUCUACCGAUACAGUAACAACACUAGGCAACUCUGUCUACUGCAUUUGGUCACACAGGUUCUCAUCCACAUCACAUCUUACGUCAUCUUGGGCAACACACCUAUGAAAAAAACUUUUUUCAUGCCUGGUCCAUCCCUGACUAUCUUCUGCGAUAUGUCCAGGCAACCAGCAUUCAUUGUGUACAAUGGGAAUCAGCCUCGGAAUGUUCUAAUUGUUUAGAUGGUUUUUAUUUUAAUUUUAUAUAUAUAUAUAUAUAAAUAUAGUAUUAUUGUAUAAAUGUAGCCAAUUGCUGUCUAUUCAAUUUUGUAUCAUGUUAGAUUUCGGACUUACGUAAGUUAAACAGUUUUGAGUAUGAGUAUGUAAAAAGAGUAUGUAAACGUGUAAAUUGACUUGUGGAUACAUACAGUUUUGGUGGUGGUUGUGUCUGAGUGAGAAAAUAAUUAACGUGAUUAAUCAAUGAAUGCGUUUUGUGCCAAAGCAAUGACAAAUCAUUCACAGUUUAGCUCACAUAGACUGCUGUGCUCCCUGUAUGAUACGUUUUUAAAAUGUGACCUAAGUAUUUAAAUUAUUUAUUAUUUGUAUUAUUAAUUAAUUUAUAAAUAAAGAAAUGAAAGCAUGA